AUGCAGAGUCGUGCAGGGAAGGAAGGAGAGAGGCGAGCAUGGAGGAUGAUGACAGACGGAAACGACGAGUCGACUCUGAACAGGGAAACUGCCGUUACACCCGUUUACGGAAACAAUCAUUUUGAACUUGAAAUUGUUGAGCGUUUGAGAUUUAUUGGGUUGAGGGGCGUAGUAGCACGUUUAAUACCUUUUGUCAUAUAUCAUGACGCCUGCGGUUCUGGAAUGGUGAUCUUGAAACGAAACAAUCAACAAAGGAUGUAG